CGCUGAUACACUAAAUUGGUAAAUAAACACUGUAGGCUUCAACACGUGCGUGAGGGACCAAAGAUUCGCGAAUCGCUUUCAACGGAAUUUAGGCAAUAUUCCAUCCAGUGUUUGUUGUGCCCAUCUCGUUCUGGAAGCGCGCAGAUCUACCUAAAUCCAGCCAAAAUGGUGUUCUUCACGUGUAAUCAUUGCGGGGAGUCGCUCAAGAAGCAAGCCGUCGAAAAACACGGCUGGAAGUGCAAGCGCGAACUCAACGUCUCCUGCAUGGACUGCCAAAAGGACUUCCAUGGCAAGGAGUAUGAUGCCCACACGAGCUGCAUCACCGAGGCGGAAAAAUAUUCCGGUAAGGACUAUGUUCCGAAAGCGAACGCCAACAAGGGGGCCAAAAAGCAGGAAGCUUGGCUGGACACUAUCCGCUCGAUUACGGACAGUAAGCGAAAUUUGUCCAAGGGAAUCAGUGAAGUGUUUAACGUGAUCCGCAAAAACGACAACAUCCCACGGAAGCAGAAAGGAUUCCUGAACUUUUUCGCCAACUCGGCCAAACACAUUCGGAGGAAUGACGUUGAAGCCGCAUGGGCAUUGUUGGAGGAAGAGGUCAAGAAGAAUCAAACCAACGCGGCAGAGCAGAAUCAAACAAAUGGAGCCGUUCCGGAUGGAAUGUGGAUUCCCGGACAGAAGGCAACUGUGCCCAAGGAGAAGCAGAACGGUAAUGAGGAACCCAAACAAAAUGGUUUCAAGAAACGUAAACUGGAAGAGGAAAAGGACGAGCAAGUUGAAGUACCUGCAAAAAAGACCAAGAAAAAGGACAAGCAACAAAAGCAGAAUGGUACAACCGAACAAGAGCACGAACAGCUUGUAGCACCGGUGGUGGAAGAAAACGGAACCAACGAUUCCUCGACCGGCGGGGACAAGUUCAAAUGGGGUGACGUGAUUCGAUCGACGCUGAUGUCCAAGAACAACGAAAUGAAGCUGGACAAGCUGAAGAAGAAGGUUCUGAAGAAGUACCGUCAACUUAUGGGAGGCGAGGAAGUCAGUGAUAAGAUUGAGCGCAAAUUUAGUAAGAAACUUACUAAGCUGGGCGUUGAGGUGGAUAACGAUACGGUGCGGUUAAUUGCGUAGGUAGUAAAGUGUAUAAUUCAGA